UUACACUUCCCUAUUACUUGGUGACCAAGAAUAACUAGUGACCAAGGGCAUUCAUCCAAUGAUUUUGCCACAUCAUUAGCCAAAUCCAGUCAAGUUUGUGCCUAAAACCCUAAAUCCCAAGUCCCUAAGAACCCUAACACCCUUAAAACGUUUUCCCCAAUACUUCUUGACCAUUGGGUUUCCCCAAUACCACUGUAUUCCUAAAUUGAAAUCCGAAUGCAAGAAGAAAUUGAAGAGCUCGUUGGUUCUCCAUUGAAGUAGGCAUCUGGCAAACCCAUAUAAAUAAAAACUGAUAUCUGGGUACAAACAAACCCUGAAGUAAUCAAUCUAGAGUCUUUGACACAUUAUGGAAGAAACUCAGAGAGAAAUAAGGAAUCCGUGGUUAGUGUUUCUUGUUGAAGCUCCGUUUUACCAGCCUUGUGAGUUUCAUGAGGAAAAAAAUCGUACCUACAUCUGCUUUGACUGUAAUGGUUCAACUUUCUGCGAAUCUUGCAAGCAUAAGCAUUCAACACACCAGCGGAGCAUUCGGGUUUUGAAAGCUUCGCGUGAAACUGCAGUUACUCGAAAAGAUUUAAGACAAUUGGUUGGAACAUCUGAUAUCCAGAAAUACAAAAUUAAUCAUUACACAAUUGCUUAUUUGAGACAAAGAAGACAAAAAGAAGGUAAAUUUCAACAAGAAAAAAUUGGUAAGUACUGUGCAGUGUGUAGAUGGAAGCUGGAAGCAGAUUCAACUAAUGAAGCAUAUAUCUACUGUUCCGUUGAAUGUAAAAUCAGGGAUAGGAUGAGGCAGCUUGAAGGAGGUGCAACUGCAAGAACCCAAGAACCCAUUUCAACUGUAAUGCAGAACAAUCAAUUGAUGAGGCUGCUUGAUGAAGGUGUGGAUUCAAGAAUCCAGGAACACGGUUUAAACGGAACUCCGAAAAAUGGAUUGAUGGAACAACAUGGUGAAGUUGUGGAUGCAACAAUUGAGGAACACGCUUCAAACCUAAAUCAGAAGAAUCAAUUGAAGGGGCAGCCUAAGGAAGGUGUAGUGGAGCAGAACAAUCAGUUUCUCUAUACUGGAAGGAAAAGAAGAAGAAAGUGCAGACCACAAAGGUCCCCUUUCUUCUAGAUCUUUCAGUGCAUAGAAAUAGCUCACUAGACAACUUAAGCUUCUUAUUCUUGAAGGAACAAUUGCAGGAAGGAGUGUUAGCUAGUAGUUUUUUUUUUUUUUCUUGUUUUGCCAAACUGUUUCUACAAGCAGUGGUUUGUUAUUAUUAUAGAAUGCUACUAUAUUAUGAUUAAUUUUAAACAUUCAU